AUGCCUGCUAUCCUGUCCUCUCUUCCUCUUCUCUACCUCCUCUUCAGCCUAUUGAGAAGUUCAAGAUGUCUGCCCCAAGCACUGGUGGUAUGGGUGCCAACACCGAGGGGACUUGCUCUUCAAACCCAGCCACCAAAGCCUGCAGUUGAUGCUGGUUGGUUCAGAAGGGAAUGUCAACCGUGUCAUUGGCCGAGGCACAAGAUCGACUGCAACUCCCCUCUUCUGCAAGAAGCAUGGAAACCACCCUGGGAGGCCGAACUUCGUCAACCAGCGUUCGUGGGCGAGGGAGUUGAGCAGCUUUCUCCUCACGGCCAAAGAAAAUAUCUCUGGGGAAACGUACCAGCUGUCGAUAUUCUCAAUGUUGCACAAAAUGAAAGGGCAAACAUUUCAUCAAUAUUGUAUUUGCUAUUCGCUGCAUCCGGGGACUUGAGGAAUGUUGUCAAGACCUUGGCUCACCUUCCAGAAUGGUGCAGUGGUCAGCGCGAGGCAGUCAUCAAUGACAAAGGCUUCGAUAUCAGAAUCAAACCACCUGUCAAUGAUGUCUACGAGAAGAUUCGACACAAGGAAGCAACAUCGCUGCAAUCAAAAUCUUGGACCGCCGAUGGUCGAGCAUUGUCUCUUAUCUUGCAGAAAUCCGCGCGGGAUGAACUUCAAGCAUAUCUUGAGGUGCCAACCGGUUUAUCAAAGACCAAGGCUCAAGAAAUCAUCGUCGCAACCACUCUUGCACCAAAGCGGAAGGAUUAUAUUGAGCGUGCAUUGUAUGCUAAGCUCUCUGGCUGGCGUCCCGGCAUGUUGAAGUUCCGGAAUGUGGGACCUCUGCUACCUUUUGGAGCUCCCACGGCACUCUUCAAUAUACCGCACCCCACAUUCUUUCAAUCAAAUGACUUCUGGCUCAUGAUGGAUUCAGCAAGUCCAGUCGGAAGCUGGCCAAUCAAGGAGAUCAUGGCCAUGGUCCCUGUUACCAAGAAUGAUUUUUACGGCGGAUUGCACUAUCUCGUCUCCAACAUCGUCGAUCAAGGCUAUCUCGGCGCAGAAAAGACCCUUCUUGUUUUCGCCCCCAUCCUCAAGCAAAAAUCCCUGAACCCAUACACAGCCAUCUUAACCUUACAUCUCAACACAGAGUGUAAAAUUAAAGACCCCUCAAUAGCUACCACAGCAGCCGAAUUUAGGCGAGUACUUGAUUACUUUCCUUCUGUCGGCCCCUCAGUUCUCAGUAAUUCCAAUCCCGUCAAUAAUUAUUUUAAUGCCCCUUUCAAUGAGCAUGCUGAGGAGAAAGGCUUCGAUAGCAGUGGCAAGGCAAUUGGAUUGCAAGUCAGAGACAAAAAUAUAAUUGUGGAGGAGUGGCCGCUGAGGUUAAAGAGGGGUGUAAGCAAGGAGGACCUCAAUAUCCUUCUUUCUGCCGGCCAUGUUGGCGGUGAAAGAUAA